AAUUAUUAUAAUUAUUUAUUUGUCAGUUCUACACGGCGCUCUACUUCGCAGUAUUUAGUGCAAUUAAAUUAGAUGUGAAGCGUGGAUAAAUUAAAUAGGAAACGACGCAUGAACAAACAUGAUUGUUACAUCUGGAGUGGAUAGCAGUGCAUCAUUAGGUACAGUUGAGGUCACCACUCUAUUGGGUGUAUUUUUUGGCGUGCUUGUUCUGCUGCUCCUGCUUUUCCUAUAUAUAAGUCGACGUUGUUGCUUUCAUCAUCGACACGGCAUAAACUGCUGCGACGAAAGGCACUUGGCCGCAAAAUAUGUACAAAAGAUUACGCGCAAACGUCGCUAUGAUAACACUAGCUCCGACUCCGAGGAGGACAUGCUGCGGCGUCUGCGCUGGCAUCAGCAGAACAACAAUCUGCUGCCAAAUGGAAAGUUUGUCGGCUGCUAUGGCAUGGGCAGUGACCAAAUGAACCCAUUGACAGGACAGAACUUUAAUUAUCAUCAAGCUGAUUUACAAAGGGUGACAGUGACACGAGAGAUCUCCGAAAGGGCCAAGGCCGGCAUCCCAUCAUCGCACAGCGAGUGCAGCUCCAAUGAUUCAGUUGAAGCUUCAGUGGACAGUCAUACGGGUAUUUUGACAGGCGACGCGGUCAGAGCUGUGCCAGUGUCAGCACUUAGAAAUCCUUAUACCAAAGUACAGCGGUACACACAUAAGGUCGAUGUUUUGCCACCAACGUUAGAAAAGGAGCGAGAUGGCGUCGUAGUAGUGCCAAUUACCAAUUACCAACCAAAUAAUAAUAAUAACAACAACAGUAGCACUACAAAUAAUAAUCAUAAUCAAAGUAACAACAGCAGCAACAGCAACUUUAAUAAUAAUAACAACAACAACAAUGAUGAUGAGCCGCUUUUCGAUACCAGCGAUUUGCGUUCCAUUAAAUCGGACGAUAUAGUAGUCGGCGAUUUAAAGAGCCCAACUCUGCGUGGACCAAUUGAAUUAGAGCUGUCCCUGCUCUAUGAUGCACCAAUGCGCAAGAUGACCGUGCAUGUACUACAGGCAAGAUGUUUGCCUCCACUGGCAAAUGGCCAGCAGACCCACACACAGGUGAGAUUGUUAAUGCUGCCUAAUAAAAAACAAAAGCACAAGACCAAAAUCAGGAGCGGCGAGAAUCCACAGUAUAUGGAAAGUUUUCUGCUGCAUCGUGUGAAUCCCGAGGAUGUCAAUAACAUGGGUCUGAGAGUGCGCCUUUAUGGAUGUGAACGGCUGCGCAAGGAGCGGCUCAUUGGCGAGGCGUAUGUGAGUUUUGCAACUGUCGAUUUAGAGUUAGAGACAAAUCUGUGGCUGCCACUGGAGCCACGCAGCACCUCGUCGCUGUUGGGCUCCACAAGCGAUUUGCUAAGCUUGGCCAGAUCGGAUAGCGCUGGCUCUACAUCGUCCAUGCAACAUGGCGGGGUUUCGGAGCUACUGUUGGGACUACAAUUCAACGGCACCACUGGGCGUCUUAGCGUGGAAAUCAUCAAGGGCAGCCAGUUUCGCAGUCUUACGCUGAAUAAGGCGCCGGAUACGUAUGUAAAGCUUUGCAUGGUUAGCAGUAUUGGACAGGAGAUUUCUCGCGCGAAAACAUCGACACGUCGAGGACCCAAUCCGCUGUUUAAGGAAACGUUUGCGUUUCAAGUGGCUCUAUUUCAAUUAAAUGACGUCACGCUCAUGAUCUCUGUUUAUGCCAAAAGGCACAUGAAGAAGAACGAAAUGGUUGGCUGGUUCAGCAUGGGUCUGAACUCAUCUGGGCCAGAGGAGUGUGCACAUUGGGGCGAUGUGGUGCCCAAGGGUGAGAUGCUCGCGCGAUGGCAUGUUUUGGUGGAUUCUUGAUUCGAGCAGUUGGGACAAUCCUCAGGACGUAGCAAGGCGCUUAAAAAGCUCAGCUUUGCUCCGUUCAAGGAUAAGUCCAAGGAAAAAUCGCCAAAGGAGACGCACGUCUCAGAGUUUCCUGAAGACAAUGCGGUCGCCGUCGACAUUGAGCCUGGACUGGAACUCGAUUUUGUUUAGAGUUCUUCGUUCAGGCACACACCUGCAAAGUUUAUAUGUAAUUGGAUUUUUAUAAGGCACCAAUGACUACAUUUUGGUAAUCGUACUCAAGUGCUCUAUCCCAUUGAAAAUUUUUUGAAUAAUCUGGUUAUUUGUAACUGGAUAAGCCUCUAUGAGGGGCUAAAUGAUUGGAAUUUGGAAACAAAACAAAAAUUUGGUACACAUUUCUAUAUGAGUGUGAAAAAGAAAAACAAAAAUACAUUUCUAAAAUUUUAU